AUGUCUACUCCACAGUCACUCAAGAGCAUUCCAAGAGAAGAGCAUGGCUACAAAUCCAUAUAUCGCGACAUAGACUUACUGAGAAUGCGUCGCGUCAUCACAGACAGCGUUUACAGACCUUGUAAGAAGUUAGAGGGAAAACAAACGAUUAGAAAGGAGCAAAGAAGAGACUUCUUUGAAUCUACUUUGUACAGAAUAGAUGCCUACGAUCGACACUAUUUGCAUUUAUCAAACCUAGAUAUUUCUGAAAGCAUUUUUGAAUUGAUCAUGGACAGAUUAGAAAAGGAGUGGUUCUUCUUUAUACGAGGCUUGGUGGCAAGGCAUGUCAAGCAAGCAAAGCCAUCUUCUUUUUGUGACAUUUGCACAAGGUACAUGUCAGAGAAUGAUGAGGCCCUUGUUGUGUGCCAAGGAUGUGAAAUAUGUGUGCAUGAAAAUUGCUACGGAAUCCAAGAUCUAAGUAACUUCUGGCUGUGCAGAAAAUGCAUAUAUGGGGAAUCCCUGGGAGAAUGCUCAUUCUGUGUUUCAUCUAAUGGUGCCUUCAAACAGACAUCUGACAACAAAUGGGGUCAUGUUCUAUGUGCCAUAUUCAACAGAUCUCUUUCUUUUGGGCAUCCUCUUUCAAAGGACCCUAUUGAUGUCAGCUCGUAUAGAAAGGAGUCUGGAUGCUUUUUCUGUGACGAAGGUCGUGGAACUGUGAUACACUGCUCUUAUUUUGCAUGUCCUAAAAAAUAUCAUGUUUCAUGUGCUCUCGACAAGUGUUACUUUGACCUGAGAAAUAGCUUGUCCUAUUGUACCUUUCAUAGUCCCUCAAAGAGAAAUCCAUACGAGCUAGGAUACAGAAAGAUAAACACAUCGAAUAGGUUUGGCUACGAAAGACUUCGCAACCCACCGAUUAUUAGGAAGAAAGUCCCGAUGGGAUGUCCCAAGCCCACGCUGUUCUCAAAGCUCAACAGCUUGCAGCCAAUAGCCAUACCAUCUAUCGUUUCAAGGAUAAAAAUACACGACCUAAAAGACAGGCAUGACGUAGACAUAUCCAAAGUACUGAGAUACUGGGAGCUAAAAAGAAGAAUGAUUGGGAAGCCUUUACUUGUUCUCCCUGAUAUUAUACCUGGGAAGUUGUCAGAUGAUCUGUGGAUGAACAAAAGAAAAAUGUAA